AUGGAUGGCAACGCGGACAACCCCAGAACGCCCUCACCUUCACCUAAACGUGAUCGAGUCCUUCCAUCAGUCGAGUUCACCUUUUCCUGCAGUCCUUCAUCUGCUGGAGGUGCGAUAACACCGACCUCGUCCGUGGACCAAUCAAGCCCACGUCUCCGCGGAAGCGAUCGGCGCUCGAUCACGCCAACUGCACAGUCCCUUUUCGAGACGCUGCGUCUCAGUGAACAUGUUAAGCCCCAAGAAGCUGAAGAGUCGUCGGUUGACUACACUGAGCAGGCGCAAAGAGUGUUUGGUUUGAGCCCGACACCCAAAUCUCUCGCCACAACCUACAGAGACCUCCACAAUGCCACUCCUAGUCCUGCCGGACCCUCCUCCCGCCGGCCGGAUCAGCAGUCGCGAGCAAGCACCCCCGCCUCUCCUCUGGAAGAUGUUAAGAGCAACUUGACAAACCUGAAUUUGGAAGGCUCAAAGCAUACCGCAGCAGAUGCUUCUGACAAGAUUCAUCAUGAGCUCGUUUUCACCGACCAUGUUGCUGUCGAUAGUGAUGACAACGCGACUCACGAUGAUUCGGAACACGGUCACUCCGACGACGAUGACGACGAAGACGACGAUGAUGAUACAAGUCGUUACAACGUUCGCCAGGAGGAACUCCCUCGAGCGCCAAUAUACGAUAUUCAACUUCAGAAUGCACUACGCAAUAUCAGAGGUCAACUCGCUGGCCUUGCGCAGCAGCUUGGGAGGAGACGCGAGUUGGUGAGCGAUUCAACUACAAUGUUGCAUCAAUUGUAUGAGCAAGCACUCAAGGCGAGUCGUUUUGCAUAUCCGGCAACGCGGACUGUGGGCUUCAUCGGCGACUCGGGAAUGGGCAAGAGCAGCUUAAUAAACUCCAUUCUUGACCAAGAGGGGCUGGCCCGGUCGAGUGGGGACGGUGCUGCUUGCACGACAGUGGUUACAGAAUUCCGGAGUAUUAAUGACGAACAUCCGCAGAACUAUACCGUCGAAGCGGACUUCAUGGAUAAGAGCGAGAUUCGUGAACUACUAGAGGAGUUGCUUUCUAGUGUUCGGAAAUACUACACAGAUGCCUUUCGCGAAGUGCAAGUUUCGGAAGAAAAAGAGGACAUCAAGGCCGCAGCGCUGAGAGCGUGGGAGACAUUACGGUCUCUUUUCCCACAUCAAAAAGGCUUUGACCUCGAGUUUCUAUCCAAGGAAGGGGAAGAGUCAGUAGAGACCGUCUUAACGACCCUGCAGGAAUGGGCCAUGGCUGGACUUGAUCUCCGACCGGGGGGGCGAGACAACCUUCGCUAUUCCGUAGUAGCUCGGCAUGCGGAUGAAUGCAUGGAGCAGCUGGACAAUCUCAUGGCAGACCCCAAAGAUAGCAAGCGACCAGCGUUGUGGCCCUUUGUAAAGCUGAUCAGGGUUUAUUUGCGGUCGCCUGUCUUGCGCACUGGCUUGGUCUUGGCUGAUCUUCCAGACAUUGAAAUCUUUAGGCUUCCGCGACCUGAACUAUGCCCGAGUCCGGGCGACAGAGAGGUAUCUCCGUCACAGUUGCGACGAAGUGUUCUGUCUAUCUUAAAGAGAUCGGAUGAUGGGCUGACUGAAGAAUGCCAGGAUGUCGAUGCAAAAGAGACUGCGCGCAGUUCUUCCAUUGAUGAUGCUGCACGCAUUCGCAAUAUGGACAGCCGAAUCGAGCGUCUUGAGAGUAGAAUUAGGUCGACACGCUCCCGAAGACGACGAGCGAGCGGAAGUAGAAGCCAAAGCCUCGCCGCUGAGGAGACAGAUCUAAGCGAUCAGAAAGACGCCCUCCAGCUUGAGUUGAAUCGUUUCCUCAUCACAAGAAGGAACACCCAAGUCACAGACAGUCUGUUAGCCGCCUGGGGCAGCAACGCGCGGGUAUUCUGUGUUAGCAAUAAGCUUUACGCUGAUCAUCGAUUCAACGACAUCGAGGAAGCCAAUGGGUACCGUGCGCUGAGUGGAAUCACCGAGCUUCGUCGCUACUGCCAAUCUGUUCCUGCUGAUGCGCAGUUCCGGGCAACAGUCGCCUACAUCAAAAAUGAUGUUCCGGCGCUUUUAGGUUCAAUAAAUCAAUGGGUGUUGGCAGGUUCUAGUGGCAUCACUGUCGCCCGAGCCGAAUUACUGCGUGGUGUCUUAGUGGAGGCGGAAACGACCCUCGAACGGAACAUUCUCUCGCAGGGCUCAGAAGUGCGCCGAGCGCAGGGUACUUUGAAACAGCUAUUUAAUAGUGAUAUCACUCGACUAAUUCAAAAGUCACGAAGCGACUGGUGCAAUAGUGCAGUCAAUGCGAGCAGAGAGUGGGCUUUAUGGCAUCACAUGACAUACGCAGCUUUUUGCCGCAAUUAUGGAAGUCACCAGACGGGGAAGCAGCCCUACCGUUGCUGGAAUGAGGAGAUUCUCGGCUCCGCACGUGAUUGGCUAAUCCUCGCAUGGGAUGUUGUGUUAAGCCAGUUGGAGGGACAUGCGGAAGGCUUCGAGAAGGGUCUUUCGCGUCUGUUCAGUGAGGUCUGCGAGUCUAUCGCAAAACACCAGGACCUCGCGCCAGAAUCGCUGCAGAAUCUGCUUUCAAAUAUCCGCACCCGGCAAAGAUGCUUGGAGGAAGCGGUGCGCAGUUCCUUCCAUGAUCUUGUGUAUACAACGGAAAAAGUCAAAGCCGACACGAUCCACGGGCAUUCCAGUUCCUAUAUCGCGGGUGUCAUGCGCCCUGUCUAUAAUAUCUGCCAAGAGCAGUACGGUACCGGAAGCGAUUCCCGACGCAAGGGAACAAUUAACCGCUCUCUUUCAUCUCCAACGCUUUUCAUGCAAUUCGCCUCAUAUAUCGCUGAAGACUAUCACCGCAUUUUGAAUCAGACCUUUGAUCAACUAGACCAAAGGCUGCGCGACGAGAUUGCAAACAUCACUCGGGACCUGCGGGCUUCAGUCACGGUCGAGGGCGAGGUUUCUGAAGCGGGGCAGAACCUUCGACAUGCUAAUCAGGUGAAGGAGAAGGUGGAGGAAAUUCGCAUUGUUUUAGAUCAUGCUCAGAUGACAGCUAGAGAGUUGGCAGAGGGGAUGGCGCCUUGA